UGUUCGACCUUAGCCUUCUUCUCCACCUCCACCUCCAUCCAGAAGAACAUCUCCAUCUCCAUCUCCAUCUCCUAACCCAGCCCAGCCCUUUUCUGCCAUGGCUCUCUGGCUCCAAACAGCUGUUCUGCUAGUGGUGGCGGCCCUGUCGGCCACCGGAGGAGACGCCAUGGGCACCCAGCACCUGUGCGGCUCUCACCUGGUGGACGCCCUUUACCUGGUGUGUGGCGACCAGGGAUUCACCUACAAACCCACAAGAGAUGUGGUGGACCCCCUGCAGGCUCUGUUGUCUCCCAAGGCGGCGGCGGCCCAGCAGAAUGAGGUGGCCGACUCCUACAAAGACGUGGAGGAGAUGAUCAUGAAGAGGGGCAUCGUGGAGGAGUGCUGCCAUCAGCCCUGCAACGUCCUCAACCUCCAAGCCUACUGCAGGUCCUUCCACAACUGAGUCAUCCGAAAGCAAACAGAAACCCAUGAUGAAAAGAAGAAGGAGAAAAAAAAGAAGAAGAAGAAGAAGAAGAGGGGGAGGGAAAUGGCCCUGUUCAUGCUUUUAAAAUAAAUCAAUAAGAGCCCAACAGUCAUUAGGAGAAGAAACCUGUGCAGGCCAUUUAAUAAAGCUUUUUAUCAUCGUU